AUGCUCGCCUCAAGACCCAUUAUCUCCCGCUUACUGCAACAAACUGUCCGUCGUUACCAUGGUGAGAGUCACUUCAAGCCUCCCAGUAUGGAUGAGCUGCCUGUCCCUCAGGGAUCUUGGCAAGCUCAGUAUGACGCCAACCAGAGGCGCUAUAAUGCUAUUCUGCUCUUUGGAAUUGCUUUUGGUGUUGGCUCCCUGAUUGUGGCUAAAGCCUCUGGCUUGGUGUACCUGAACUACUCUCCCCCCAAGUCCUUAGAUUAA